AAAAAAAAAAAAAAACACAGAGAGAUGGAUUCAAGAUCGGACAAGAGAGGAAUCUGGGUUUGGAUCACGAUCUUGACGGCUGUUCUUGCCAGGUCCUGUAAUGGAGGAGCCACAAGUGGGUUUGUAAGAGGAGGAGAUUUAUCCAAAGACAUGCCUUCACACAGCGACGUCUUCUCUCUCCCUUCUGGUUACAACUCUCCCCAACAGGUGCACAUAACGCAAGGGAGCUACGAAGGAGACGGAGUGAUAAUUUCGUGGGUGACCCCGGACGAGACUGGUUCCGACAUCGUUCGUUACUGGUCUGAAAACGGCGGCCGCUCGAGGAGAAAACUAGCGAAGUCCGCCGUUGUUGUCACUUACAAGUUCUUUAACUACACCUCUGGUUACAUCCAUCACUGCACCAUCGAUGGUUUAGAGUUCGAUACGAAGUAUUACUAUGAAAUCGGAGACGGGGAGACAAGAAGACAGUUCUGGUUCGUAACUCCGCCUAAACCUGGUCCUGAUGUUCCGUACAUCUUCGGCCUUAUCGGGGAUUUAGGGCAAACUUACGAUUCGAACCGAACAUUGUCUCAUUACGAGAUGAACCCACAGAAAGGGCAAACUAUGCUGUUCUUGGGCGACUUAUCUUACGCCGAUAGUUACCCGUUCCACGACAAUGCCCGUUGGGAUACUUGGGGAAGGUUUACAGAGCGGAUCGCUGCUUACCAACCCUGGAUAUGGACCGCAGGCAACCACGAGAUCGAUUUCGUUCCCGAGAUCGGCGAGACGAAACCUUUCAAGCCGUAUGUUCAUCGGUAUCCUACACCGUAUCAGGCGUCGGGAAGUACAUCUCCUAUGUGGUAUUCCGUCAAGAGAGCUUCGUCUCAUAUCAUAGUUUUGUCAGCUUACUCGUCUUUCGGGAAGUACACUCCUCAAUACAAAUGGUUGGAGAAAGAGUUCCGGAGAGUGGACCGGACUGUGACUCCAUGGCUCAUCGUCCUCGUGCAUUGCCCGUUCUACAGUAGCUACGUUCAUCAUUACAUGGAAGGCGAGACGAUGAGAGUCAUGUACGAGCCGUGGUUUGUCCGGUACAAGGUCGAUGCAGUGUUCGCGGGUCACGUUCAUGCAUACGAGAGAUCCGAACGUGUUUCGAACAUUGCUUACAACAUCGCGAACGGAAAAUGCGAGCCGAUAUACGAUGACUCGGCUCCUGUUUACAUAACAAUAGGAGAUGGAGGAAACCUGGAAGGCUUGGUUACCGAGAUGACACAGCCGCAACCAAGCUAUUCGGCCUACCGAGAAGCUAGCUUUGGGCACGGGAUACUGGAAGUAAAGAACAGGACUCAUGCCCGCUUUAGCUGGCAUCGGAACCAAGAUGGGUAUUCUGUAGAAGCCGAUUCUCUUUGGCUGCGUAACCGAUACUGGAAACCUACAGAAAAAUCGCUCGCUGCCGCAUUAUAAAAAUCGGAAAAUCAUGUUUGGCAAUGUAUCCUUGCUUACCAUAAGACUAUGAUUCUCUCAGAUUCCUCAAAGCUGCCCUUAUUUC